UAUCUGAUUCAAUCGUAUGUAUUUAGCGUGUGGCGGUGGUAUUUCUGACUGGGGCGGGGGUGGUUCUGGCGAUGUAAUUGACUGGGUGGUCGUGCGGUGGACGCUGCAGGCGGCCCGGGGCGGGUGGGGGUGGCGGCCUGGUCUGCUGCACUGGGUUACGGGCCGGCUGCGAGAUUAUAUCCUGGCGGGGUGCCAUUACUUCUGGAACAUGCGAAAAGACUACUUUUUACAAAGAAAAUUUAUUUUUAUUAUUUAUUUAUUUAUUAUAAUGAAACGUGGUCGUUUACUGCUGGUUUCAUUAGAAGGUUCAGGGUCACACAAGUGAAGAGAACGAUGCUCGGUAUUACCCCACGCGAUACGAUAGAAUCAUAAAUAAGGAAAUCCAUAGGAGAACUAAAGUAACUGACUGACAUCACUCCGAGAAUUGUUCUGCUGAAGUGGCAAUGGGCGGGACAUGUAGCGUGGUGAACCUAUGGCCGUUGGGGCGAAAGGGUUCUUGUCUUGAAUGACGACUACGCACCGGAUGAGGCUCAGUGGGCAGGCGUUCCCGCCAGGUGGACCGACGAUCUAGUGAAAGGCACGGGAAGCCGAUGAAUACGAGUAGCUCAGGACCGACCGAUGAUAUGGAGAUCCUUGGGAGACGCUUAUGCUCAGCUGUGGGAAUCGUAUGGUUGAUUUAUGAUGAUUAUCAAAUCUCGACACGGCACGAACAGCUGUUUAUUUUGUAAAAUAAAAUGAUAAGUAAGUGCCAGUGAUGUGAUAUCAAACUGAUUUGAUUAAUUAUUCAUUCAUUGUUAUGUGGAGAAUUUUGGAUAAACUUUAUUGUCUAACCACCACAACUUACAAUCCAUAGUAGGUACGCUAUACUGUAGUUACUGUAUGUAGUAUUGAGUGAGAGUGAGUCGUGGUUCAUGAGCACGGAGGAAAUCCGUGUUCAUGAGAUACAGCUCGGUGACAGACAGACGGACAGCAGCAGAGCGUUACCAAGUCGGAAUUUAGGAACUUUUUGAGUGAAAAAAGCGGGAUUCUUUAUCGAAAGCGAGACAUAGUAAAAUAACGUAUAUAAUCAAAAGUUUUUGAAUAUUUAUCUUUUUAUUUGAGUUCAAAAAACGUUAACGUGACAAUAGAUAGGUACCUAGUAAAAAUAUCCAUAGAAAAUGUAUUUUAAUAAGAAUAUGAUAUUUUAAAUCAGAUUUACCCUAACGUUAAAUAGUUCAGCCUUUGUUUGAGAGUUCCUCAUUAGUCAUUCAUUACGCGCCGGGCAGGCGGCUAGUCCAGAGUCCACACUUGUCUGUGGCAGUUGUGGCACUCGCCCGUGCUUUUUCAGUACGCUGCACGCACGGUCAAGUUAUUCCCGAAAAGCGGGAUUGAGCCUGUCCCGCGCGGGACAUUUAAUUUUGAUUUAAAAAUCGGAACGGAACCCUUAAACCACGGUAUUACCGUACUUAAACUUUUGAAGGUAAACAUUUUUGAGUAACUUCUUACGCAACGCACUCAAUGGUCAAACUCAUUUUUUACGACUAAGUAUAGUUUAGUUAUAUCUUAACUGUGAUUAAUACCAACCUAUCCCAAAUCCAAGCCAACACAAAACAUAAAGGUACCUACAAAAAAAAUAGUUCCCAUUUGAAAGUUCAAAAAAGUCCACGACAGCAUAGUCCACUAUGUUUGUUUGACUCAUAAAUGUUUAUGGCAAUCUUUGUUCUUAAACACUUAAAGCGAAGGUACGCAAAAUUUUAUCUCAAUAGGGAAGAUGCAUAUAUAAUAUUUAUGAAAAUUUUAUGAUUAAAAUGUUAAAAAAAUAUGAAAGAAAUGCCACUGCAACGUUUUUAUUUUACAUAAUGUUGUUUUUUAACAAUUAUUACGAAUUAAAAAUACUUGAAACGGAACGUAUUUUAAAACACCAAUCAGCGUUUAGUGACGUCACUCCUGUUAUGACAACUUCUUUGAGGUUAUGGUUGUUAAAGUAAAUAUUAUUCUAUGGGAAUAUUUAUUGCGUUUUUUUUACAUUUAAUAAAAAUGGAAGUUGCGUUUAUCAAAGCAGACUCCAGGAAUUUACCAAGAGUUAGGGUUGACAUGGUUAUAACUUUUUUUGUCCAAAGUGCAGAGUUUUUAAGUGUAGAAAUGAAAGGGACUAAAUUACAACGGUAUGUAAAAAUCGUAGUUGUUAUACUUCGUAUUUUAUUCAGCGGCUUCUACAAAUCUCACGGCGAUAAUGCAAUCGCUAUGUCCAAAUUAAAAGAGAUUAUGUACAGUAAAAGGUCGCGUUCUCUGGAGCAUAAAGUACGUAAAGAAGGUUAUCGUGUUACAGUUAUUUUAAAUGAAACGCAAAGCUUGGUUCAGUCCUGCCAAUGUGAAGAUUGUGCCACACAUUUUAAACUUUAUCUAAUUUUUGACGUCAUUCUCCGACUGUAAAAUUAAAAAUAUGUUAUAGACAGGUUUUGUAAGUAUUAGGUAGGUUACUAAUGCGUUUUUACGUACAAGCAGAUUAAUUAAGCAUAUAACAAGUAUAUUCGCCGACUUACGUCAAAGUGAUCUUCUCAGCAUCGAAUAAUGGUCUUUGGAGAAUAAUUGUCAUUUCUCUUCGCAGCUUGAAACCACUUUUUUUCAGUUUUGGGUCAGAAGUUCCAGUUAAAAACAAUUUAUUUGGGAACUUUGUUGAAGUAGAUUGGCACAAAACAUGAGUCAACACGGAUUUUUUUCGGAAUAUUAGUGGUAUUGUUAUGAUCACAUGAUGUUCAUGGAUAGUCCAUUUUAAAUUUUUCAAAAAAAUAUUUCGAAAUUCGAAAAAAUAUGCAAAAGUAUGAAAAUUUAAAGCCAGCAACGAACAAUUACGACCAGUGACAGACAGGAGUGACGUCAUCGCAACCAUAGGUUCGUUUUCGCGCGAAAAUUUAAAUUGUCAAUUUGAAACCGCAUUUUUUCCGAUAAAUCACAAUGUUUUAAUUUUUUAAUAUAUCUGUGGUUUAUUCUACAUGGAAUUCUUUAAAAUGGAAACAAAAAUAAAAAUAUUACAUCUUCCCAACGAAAAUUCAUUUGCAAGAUUUGACCCGAACAUACAUACAUACAUUUCGACUUAGUUAAAUAAAAGAUUUAAAAAUUUUUUUUUGGUGUUUUCACUGAAUCAUUAAGUAUUUAGUACAUUAAUUCAUAAUACAGUACUUUUAACUUUAUUACCUAUUUAAUUUAACAACAUAUAAUAACAGAUGACCUAGCUGCAUUUAACGCUUUGAAGUGAAUGGUGGCGUGGGUAUAGGGCAAGUAAAGCGCGACUUCGAACGGAUCGAGCUCUGUGACGUCACACGCUCACGCAUCCCGCCCGUCGAUAAAUAUUAGCUUUAAAUCGCAACGGAUGGACCGAUUUCGAUGAUUUAAAAAGUAUAUUGAUGGGAAAGCUUAUUGGAAUACAAAUAUUUAUUAAUAUAUAUUAAUUAAUAUGUGGUUUGGAGUUGAUUUGUUGACUUCGAAAUGAUCCUCAUAACACAUACACAAUACGAAACGUAUUAAUACAAAUCGGCACCCAGGAUCAUUGUUUUACUUGUUGGUAUAAGGUAUAGUUUUUGGGUAUUUUGAUGCGUGUAGGAAAGAGGAAAUAAUCAAAAAUAUUUUCCAUCUGAUAAACUUUAGGUUACAUAAGAGUACUUAUACUUACCGUUUUGUAAUCGUAGUAAAAUGAAUGCACUGUAAAAACGAGAUCUCUCGAAAACAAUGAAAAAUACCUAUUUUAUUAAUUAUGAUAAUGUCUUAAAAUACUAAAUUCACAAUUUUUUUAUAUAAUCGAUCUAUGUACUUAAAAUAUAUUAACUUUUUACUAAAAUGCACUGAAGUGUAUCUAUCUAUAUAUUUUCAAGGUUUUGAAAAUAUUUUGAUCAAAAUAACUAAACACAAAUCAAACCACUGACACUAGGAGAUGUUGCAUACGAGGUUUUGCGAUGGUGUUUAUCCUUAUCUGGAUUGAUAAGAUAUAAUAAUAUAUGAUAAUUAUACGCAAAUCCUUAUCAACGAGAUUAUCUCUAGUAUGAGGGCGUUAUUAUAGACAGCAAAAAUGGAACUAUAUUGUUUUAUACAUCAUCCAAAUUAGAAGCGGCUUUUGUUAACUAUUUUUAAAAUGUAAACAAAUGACGAGCUGAUGAAGGUCGCGGGAAGCCGAUGAAUGCAAGUGGCGCAGGACCGUUCGAAAUGGAGACCUAUGGGAGAGGCCUGGGGGCCAAUCGCCUAACGGAAAUGCUUUGGGAAACGCUAACGCUUACGAUUUUAUAUUGUUAUUUCUAGCCGCCUGAGGUUUUCGAAUACCUCACGCUCAUUUUUUUUAAUAUUGUUAUUACCAAUGCAAAAGAAAAAGAAAGAGCGCGGGGCAUUUGAAUACCUCAGGCGGCCAGAAAUAACAAAAUAAAAUCGUAAGCGUUAGCGUUUUCCAAAUCAUUUCCGUUAGGCGAUUGGCCCCCUGGGCUCUAUAGGCCUAUGAGGAACUCGAUGGCGCAGGUGGCUAGCGCGUUCGGUUGCGAUUGUUAAGUUAAGCCACUUUCGCAAUGGUCGGUCAUUGGAAAAAAAUUCUAUCUGGAGUUCCUCCGUGCUUCGGAAGGCACCUUAAGCCGUUGGUCCCGGUUGCAUCUGCAUUCGUUAGCACCCGCCAAUACGCACUGGGUCCGCGUGGUGUUUCAUGAUCCAUUCUCCCUAUUCCAUCCAUAGGGAAGGCCUGUGCCCCAGCAGUGGGGAUAUUAAUAGGCUGAUGAUGACGCUCAGUGGGCGUCGUACGGCAGAGAUGAUGUUAAUGAGGAAACAAGUGAUGGAUAAAGGGAACAAGUGAUUUUACUACAGCUCAUAAGAUUUGCAAAAGUUAAUUUACAGUUUAUGACGUCACAGCUCCUCUGUGAAUUUGGAGAAAGUUGAAAAUUUUGACCCGGGCAUGCAAUUAAAAAAGCGUUUCUAGCUUCUUCCAAGCCAGCAAUCUCAAAGUUUGAAGGGGAUACUCUUAAAAUUUUACAAAGGCUGGUAAAGCGACACUGGAAAUUUUGCGAAAAAGGUAGUAAUUAUAUUUUUUAUUAUCUAAGCGUCUUAUUUUAAUUAUUCUUCAAUUCGUUCAUGGAGGAUAUUGUGAAAUUAAAUUGGUGUGCUUUUGUGUUAAAACCGUCUGCGGAACUGAAGAAUUAGCGAAAUCUUUUAAAUGUACGCUCUAAUAUACGAUUUAAAAUAUAUUAAGUGGACGUGAGAACUUUACUGUAGUGUUGUGUACCUCACUGAAGCUUAUCGAAAAAGCCAACAUGAUACAUUUCGUGCCAAACACUCCUAGAAACAUUAGAAGGCGUCACACCGAUAUUCUAAGGCCGUAUACAGAAAGAAAGCCGAAAGCCGAUCGGCGCCUAUCGGCGCUGAUCCUUUUUCAAUGGACCAGCGUCGAUAAGCGCCGAUCAGCGCCGAUAAGCGCCGACACGCGCUGGUCAGCUGGUCAUUAUGAUCUAUGUUGUCCGAAUAAAUAAUUUGUAUUUGAAUUAUUAUCCUUAGAUUAAAUCAAUCUAAGUUAUAAUCUUUUAAAAUCGCUAAAAUUAUUUGUUUCGUUCUUACCGAAUGGUGACAACAAGUCAUCUUCUGGAAGGAUUGGUUGUUUAUGCCAAUUGCACCAAUUUUUCAUCAAACGGUUUUUCACUAAAUUCAAAAUGUAAUAAAAUGUUUCUUGAGUCAUUCUUUAUGUAUAAAAUCUCCGAUCAUCAAAUUUCAAUUUUUUUACAAAUAAAUGAUGAUAUUCUCCGAAACGUUUCCUUUCUCUAUUUAUAGGAUGUAUAGCUUUUUUUCGCAUUUUUAAAUACACAUUUUCUAACAAAACCAAAACAUCGUCCGAUGAGUCCAAUAUUUUGCUUGAUCUGCUUUAAUCGGCUUCCUUUAUGUAUACGGCCUAAUGUAAAAAAAGAACCAUAAUAAAACUUAAGACUAGGCUGUAUGAGCAUUGUUCCCUUUGCCUUCCCUGAAAAAGGGAGAAUCUUAAAAAAAGCAGCCAAAAUUGUUUUUUUGUUCCUACACUUCACUUUCUGGAAAAAUCUCAAAGAUUCUCAAUGAAGUAAUUCGUAUCGUGAAUCAUAUAAACUGAAUAUAAAACAGUGUUCGCAGGGGAAUUUGGUUAAAAGCUGUGUUGUGUCAGUGAUUGAAUUUUAGCAUUUGCACAUUGUAAACAUAACCUGCAUCGUUAUGGGUUCCAAUCCUGAAAAUAACAAUGCUGGUAAUCCUCCUAUAGCAGGGGCCAUUACUUACCCUAGUGGAAAUAGGCAGGAGUUACAGCCCACAGUGUCCCAACCACGGCAGCCAAGAAACUUACAGGGUUUACUGCGGUUUGCAAUGGAAGCAACAAAAGCUGAAGAUGCACCUGGUAAUUCCGAGCUGGGACCUAUGGAUGAAGAAAGACGUAGGUUCCUUGAGGAAGCACUGAAGAGUCUCACUGUGGAUGUGGCAGAAGUGAUACAGAACUCCAUCAAGGCGCUCACAGACCAGGAGAAGAUCAAAAGCAUCAAACCUGGUGACCCAUUAUCUCCUGAAAUCAUGACAGCCUUCAGCAACCUUAUGGAAUUUAUUGAUGACAUAGAUGUUGCUAACGAUUUCUAUAAAAUGGGUGGCUUUGCAAUAUUCCCCAUGUGCUACAGCAGUGAAAAUGACGAAGUGCGAGCCAACGCCAGCUGGGUGCUGGCAGAAGUAUGUCAAAACAAUCCAUUCUGUCAGUCCCGUGCCCUGGAAUGUGGUCUACUGAAUGUACUCCUUAAUUUACUACAGUCAGAGCAAGGUACCGCUCUGACCAAGUGUAUUUAUGCUGUGUCUUGUGCCUGCCGUGAAUAUGAGCCUUGUUGUCGGGAAUUAGUCGCUCAAGGCGGUUGCAGUGCGCUCAGCAGCGUACUGAGUGGGAACGCACCCGCGCAAGCCCGCACUAAGGCCGCAUUCCUUAUACGAUACCUGGUGCAGCAACACCCAGACGCGAGAGAAGAAUUUAUACAGCAGAAUCUCGUUGGGAUCAUAGCUAACCAGAUCAAGAGUGGCCGAGAUGAGACUACAGAGCAUCUUCUAGGAGUUCUAUCACUCCUCCUUGAUACCAAAGACUACAGAGUGAUGGAACAGUUAAGAGACCCAACGCUUGGCCUGAAGAAGGUUCUAGAAGAUCUGUCCAGCAAUGAGAACGAAAAAGAGAGCUGCCAAGACUUACUGAAAAAAGUGUUUGAAGACUGCCCACAGUAUGAAGCUGUUAACGAUGAAGUAGAAAGAUAAAGUAUUUUGAUGGGGUUCCUAAUUAUAAGUUAUUGUUCUAUGAACUCUUGCUACUGAUCAGAUAACUCAUCAGUGAUUGUUUGUAGAUUAAGUUUACAUGUAAAGGUAAAAAAAAUACUUAUGCAGAAAACAUCUAUCUUAACUACUAAAGUCUGCCAUGGCAUGAACGCUUCGCUCGCUCAGCUUUAGGGUCACAAUAUUAACCGAAUCCAGUGAUUAAUUUAAGUGAAAUUUAGAAUUCUUAAUGGCUGUAUCUUUGUAUAGGUCAUGACAGUUGAUACAUUUGCUGUUAUUUCAAUUCCACGUCUCUGUGAACACAAAAUGAAAUUGGCGUCUGUCUUGCGUACUUUGUGGUAUUAUUACAUUUACUGCUAUCUCAAAUUUUCAUAAUCAUUAAGAGAAUCUUUUGUAUACUUAGCCACAUAAAAUUUCAAUUCAUUUGAAGAAUUUAACAGUUUUGCAUAACUUGCCCUGUGGUGGAGUGUACACUGCUGUCAUGGACUUUUGUAACUUCUUAAGACUUGAUGAAGUAGUUAUCUGACAAACGUAUCUGAUUUCGAAUUGAUAAUAAUAUUCUUUGUUGACCUCACAGAAUAUAUAAGGCAUUAAACAUCACAGUGAAAACGUACACAAUAGGCGGCCUUAUUGCUAAACAGCAAUCUCUUCCAGGCAACGAAUUUUGAUGUAUUUCGUCAUGGUAAUGUGAAGAUUGCGAUGAUUGUAAGUUGCAAAAGCAUCGCCUAAUUCCACAUGAAGAAGAGCUUUACUUGUGUGUAUAUUAUAAUUUUUAUAUUAUAUAAAUUCCAGUUUUAGUUUGAAAAGAGAAAAAACCUCAAGUCAAACCUGUAAUACCACUUUGGUAAUAUGUAGCCCUAGCCACCUAAUCUGAUUAUUUAUUAAUCACUAAUAAUAAAUAACAAUACCUACCUAAAAUACCAACGUUUUAUUGCAAAAUCCCGAUAUAGACUAGGGUAAGUGUUCCAGUGAAUGAACAGCCCCCCCCCCCCCCCCCAC